AAUUCUACCCUUCCCUUCAUCUCAGUCGCUGAAAGCCUGAAAUUAAUGAAGUUUCUCCUUUUUCUUUUUGAUAAAAAAGCCUGAAAUUAAUUUUGUGAGGACGAAAUUAAAUAUCCAGAAUUUCAUUUUAGUUGGUUUCAAUCAAGAAAGAGGAAAAAAAAAUCAUUUUGUUUCCCAAGAAAAAUGGUGCAGACCCUUUCAUUAAGCGGUGCUUUAACAACCUCUGGAAACACGGCUGUUUAUGGAACAGAAGUAGGCGGGAGGCGGCAUUUUGAGAUAAUUGGAAAAGGUCAUAUGAAAUAUGGGAUUAGUAGACAAUAUUUCUGGCAUGGGUAUGUACCAAGUUUUUACUUUAAUGGCAAUCCCAAUUUGUUGAAGAAAAGGAACUUUGGGGUUAAAGUUGGUUGGCCGUUUAAAGGAGGUGACCGGGAAUUGGGUGCAAGCUCAGAGCGUAGUGAGACUGCUAAUGAAGAUAUACUGAUUUUCUUUUUCCAAUUAGACUUGGCUACUCAAGUUCAGCGUGCUUUGAACUUGGAAGAAUAUGAAUUUGCACAGCAACUUAGAAAUAAGCUUACUGAGGUUGAAGCAGAAAUCCUUAAGCAGCAAGAAGCAAAAAGAGGUUUGUCCUCAAAGAGUGAAGCUCAAGAUAAGGCUCUAAGUCUUGUGCGUCUACGUGGAGAACUGCACAAUGCAAUCGAGAAUGAAAAUUAUGCUUUGGCAGCUCAAUUACGGGAUGACAUGUCUAAACUCGAGGCUGAAUCUUUGGCUGCAUCUGCAAAAGCAUUGGCAUAUGAAAAUGCACAAUACGCUUUUCGUUUGGGACAGAAAGUUCAGCAUAAAAUUUUUGGUUAUCGAGCUGUAAUUUGUGGGAUGGAUCCAGUGUGCUGUGAAUCAAGUACAUGGAUGGAAGCUGCACAGGUUGAAAAGUUGUCUCAUGGUUCUAAUCAGCCAUUUUAUCAGGUCUUGGUUGAUGUAUAUGCAGACCCCAAUCUACUAGUAGCAUAUGUUCCUGAGGAGAAUCUUUUAGCCCCAGAACAACCAGAUUUGAGACAGUUUGACCAUCCUUAUGUUUCUUUUCUAUUCUACGGAAUGGAUGCAGCCGGUGAUUUCAUCCCUAUCAAGCAGCUUCGUGAGAAGUACAACAGGCCUCGCCAUGAAAUUCCCCUCGAUCCCGAAGGUGACGAAGGUGGCGGUGGUGCUGCAUGAACAAAUAAGGCCUCAUUUUCAUCAAUAGUGGGGAAGCAAGUAUAUGAUGAAGACACUGGUUUCAGGCAUAGCCAUUGUAUCUUUCCGUUCUCUUAUACUUUCCAGCUGGGAAAUGGUGCUUUGUAUGUAGAUAUCACCAGUUAAAAUUUUUUACUGAAUUCUAACUCUAUAGGCAAUGGGGUAGUUGCCCCAAAAGUCAUUUUCUACAAAAAUUUCCAGAAUUUUAUCGGAUUUACUUGCA